ACCAAUAAAAUAAACAAGAUAUCAGCAAACGCCCCUCCUCAGUUGUUUUAUUUUCGUUUUCUCGCCCGAAAGGCCCAUUCUUACCCAGAUGUUCUAACCUGUUGCGUUUUUGAUUUCUCCAAUUUAACAGCCGCCACAUCCGCAUCGGCAUCUCGCGGAGUUCCACCACGUAAACGCGGCAGACCCAAGACCAAAGUCGAAGAUCUGACUCCCAAGCCCAAGCUCCUGGACAAACUGCAUGCGGCGACCUUGAACGAGGAGGCCAGCGAACCGGCGGUUUACGCGUCCACUACCAAGGGCGGAGUCAAGCUUAUUUUCAAUGGCCACCUUUUUAAGUUCUCGUUCCGCAAGGCUGACUACUCGGUGUUCCAGUGUUGCUAUCGAGAGCACGGUGACGAGUGCAAGGUGCGGGUGGUGUGCGACCAGAAAAGAGUCUUUCCCUAUGACGGCGAGCAUGUCCACUUCAUGCAAGCCAGUGACAAGAGCUGCCUGCCCUCGCAGUUCAUGCCGGGCGACUCAGGCGCCAUAGCUUCGCUGACGCCCAACAAGGACACCAAGGUGGAGCAGCUAAUAAAGAAUACCACUAAGCUGGAGGAAGAAGAGACUAAGGACGAGGAGGAAUUUGAGGAGUUUGAGAUUCAGGAAAUCGACGAGAUCGAGCUGGAAGAACCGCCGGCAGAAAAGUCGCCCACAAAGGAGGAGGAAGUUGAUCCCAACGAUUUCCGCGAAAAGAUCAAGCGACGCCUGCAGAAGGCCUUGCAAAACAAAAAGAAGUGACCAAGAAUUGUUUUUUCCACCAGAAAUGGCACAAAACGUGCUAAAAGUUUAAAGUUUUAUUUUUCCAAAAUUCACUUGACAAGGAGACUCAAGUGAAUCCCAAUAAUAUUUGCGAAAAGAUGCAGCACGUGAAGUGACACUGAAUAUGCCUUAGAGCUUCAUAUAAUCUACUUUCUAUAUUCACUUGGGUUUUAAAUACCCCUACUAAGUACUAAAUAAUUAAGUUUUGCGUAAUAAAACGAUGUCCAAAAUCUGA